UAGAGCCUGCACAUGUUGGUCAGAAUAGCCCAUUAAGCGGCAAACCUUCAUCUUGGAGUUCUCUGCAUCUCUGGUGGUUUACCCAAGCCUACAAAUAUUACCUUCUUAUCCAUUAACAUGAGGAAUAUCCUACAGUGGAGUCCACCCGAGGGCCUACAAGGAGCUGAAGUUACUUAUACUGUGCAGUAUUUCAUAUAUGGGCAAAAGAAGUGGCUGAAUAAAUCAGAAUGCAGAAAUAUCAAUAAGACCUGCUGUGAUCUCUCUGUGGAAACUUCUGAUUACGAACAUCAAUAUUAUGCCAAAGUGAAGGCCAUUUGGGAAACGAAUUGUUCCAAAUGGGCAGAAACUGGACGAUUCUAUCCAUUCUUAGAAACACAAAUUGGCCCACCAGGGAUUGCUUUGACGACAGAUGAGAAAUCCAUUUCCAUUGUUCUGACGGCUCCAGAGAAGUGGAAGAGAAACCCAGAAGACCGUUCUCUUUCCAUGCAACAGAUAUACUCUAAUCUGAAGUACAAUGUGUCCAUAUAUAAUACUAAAUCUAAUAAAACGUGGUCCCAGUGUGUGACCAACCACACGCUGGUGCUGGGCUGGCUGGAGCCAGACACUCUGUACUGCAUCCACGUGCUGUCCCUCAUCCCAGGGUCUCCUCGCCUUGCUCAGCCUUCUGAGAAGCAGUGUGUCCGGACUUUGAAAGACCAAACAUCAGCAUUGAAGGUUAAAAUCAUCUUCUGGUAUGUUUUGCCCAUAUCUGUUACCGUGUUUCUUUUUUCUGUGAUGGGCUACUCCAUGUACAGAUAUAUCCAUGUUGGCAAAGAGAAACACCCAGCAAAUUUGAUUUUGAUUUAUGGAAAUGAAUUUGACAAAAGAUUCUUUGUACCUGCUGAAAAAAUUGUGCUUAAUUUUAUCACCCUUAAUAUUUUGGAGGAUUCUAACACUUCUCAUAAGGAUGUAAGUGUAGGGGAAAAAAGCAACCAUGUAUGGGACCUGAAUGAGCCCCUCAAGGACCAGGAGCCACAUCAGGAGGAAAUGGAGGUGAAACACUUAGGGUAUGCUUUACAUUUGAUGGACAUUUUCUGUGACUCUGAGGAAAGCACCAAGGGUAUGUCCCUAACCCAGCAAGAGUCAAGGGGCAGAACAAUGCCCACAGAUAAAGCUGUCGUUGAAUACGAAUAUGCUGUAAGAACUGCUGACGUCUGUGUGGGGCCUGGAGAUCAAGAGCUCAAUCUGCAGGAGCAGGCGUCCCUCCAAGGACAGUUCUUUAAGCAACAGGCAGCUUUGGCAGACCUGGGCUCCCAAACACCACUGCAUUCCUAUGCCCCUCAGCUGCGAGACUUGGACCAGCUGCUGCAGGAGCACGUGGACACAGCAGAGGAACCAGACGAAGAGUCAUCGACCACACUGGUGGAUUGGGACCCUCGGACCGGCAGGCUGUGCAUACCGUCAUUCCCUAGCUUUGAACAUGACUCAGAGGGAUGUGAGCAGCCUGAGUACAAGGAGCUCACGGAGGAAGGCCUCUUGUCUAAACUCUAUGAAGAGCAGGUUCCAGAUGAGCCAUCGGAAGGAAACGAAGCCUAUCUCAUGAAAUUCAUGGAGGAAUGGGGAUUAUAUGUGCAAAUGGAGGACUAACCCCUGAACUUCCCUUUGCCAUACCCCUGCUGUUAAAAGGCACAUGAGUUCAAACAUAGGAGUGACCAAAAAAUAAAGGACG